AAUGUUCUAUCGUUAAAAUGAUAAUGUCCUACGGACCCGAUUUAACGAUAGAAUGCGUCCUAUAUACCUGCAAUGUAGCAAAAUGAAAAUUGCACACAGUGCAUGUUUCGGUAAAAUUAUGUAACACAUCACUCAUAUGCAUUUGGAAAGUUAUCUUAACGACCCACUUGGGCCGUUCUUAUUUGCAAAUUAGGUAAGCGUUCGUUUUUGGAAAACAGCAUGCAGCAGGGUGUUCCGAUGGCAGUUUCCGGUAAAAUGGCAGUCAGUUCGAAUCGAGAAAAGUGACAUUUCAAAGUGUUGAGUUUACAAUAUUAUUAUACGAUUUUUUACAGUGUUAAGGACUUACAAAUUACCAAUGAGGUUAGUUGUAUAUAAAUUUAACUUUAAAUGUACGCGUUUAUUCUUUGAUAAGUUUAAAAUCGUUUUGGAGCGAUUCCGCAAUUUUCUGCUACAUUACGGGUAUAUGGGAGGUAUUCUAACUGUGGUGAGGGCCUGUCCCGAGACACAGUUAGAUUAUUCUAACUACUCUUCCUCCACCAAGCGAACGGUGGAGGAGGUUGAGAAGAAAUGGCACAAUAUACAGAUGAAGGGGAAAGCAGAGCUGGCAGACGCACGACGUAGUGUGAAACAAACGGGCGGUGGACCAGCGGGAAAACCUUUAACGCCAUUAGCAGAAGCAGUUGGGAGUGUUAUUGGUACCAACAAUAUAAGUAUCAGUGGGAUCCCUGGUACAGUUGACACAACAUAUCUAAUGCUCGACAGACCAAAGAUCAGCACGGAAACCACAGCGAGUACGAUGUAUGUUCAGGAAUUUUAUACACCAUUUCUUAAUUCUUGGAUUGAAAAUUGAAAAAAAAAACAA